UUGUAUCAAGAAUAUGAUUCCAGAAUCAUGAAAAUGUAUCCUGAACAUAUCAAGUUCGAGAAUGAUUGUUCUAACAAAGAGGAUCAUAAACCAGCUGAUUGUUGUUUUAAAGAGUAUAAUUCAAUAUUUGAAAAACUCAUUUCAUAG